UCACAAAACCCGCUCAUCUCAUUUCAUUAAAGAAACCAAACCAAAACAAAACAUUAAAAAAUGGGCAACAGCUUCGGUGGAAGAAGAAGUGCAAAAGUGAUGAAGAUAAAUGGAGAAACAAUCAAAUUCAAGACUCCGGUUCAAGCUGGGGAUAUAACAAAAGAUUAUCCGGGUCAUGUUCUUCUCGAAUCCGAGUCUGUUAAGCACUAUGGAAUUCGGGCAAAGCCAUUGGAGCCAUGGCAAGAAUUAAAGUCAAAACGUCUUUAUUUCAUCGUCGAACUUCCUAAGGUUCAAGAAGCCCGACCGAGGAGGGCUCGAUCCGGUAUAAACAUGAGUGCUAAGGACCGUUUGGAGAGUUUAAUGUUGGCAAGAAGGUCGGUUUCUGACCUAACUAUCCUUCGGCCGGCGAGUUUGUCGGAGGUGGAUGGUGGAGACGCCGGAGGGCAGGCUGCUGGGGAAGGGGCUGGGGCACAGGGGGCAAGUGUGAGGGUGAAGAUGAGGCUUUCGAAAGCUGAAGUGGAGAAGCUGAUGAGAGAGAGUAAAGAUGAGGCUGAGGUGGCAGAGAAGAUCGUCGGACUUUGUAUGGGAAGAGGCGCCGGCACCGGCGCCGGUGGGGAUGGUGAAAUGGCGGUGCAACGGCAGAGGAAUGUUCAAUGGGGGGCGGGUGAUAAAGGAGGACUAAAGCCUCGACAGAAGCGAGUGGGGUUCUCGCCAAUUAUAGAAGGAGAAAUUCAAGUAGCGGUGGCAUCCUAGAAAUGAAAUGACAAGGUUUCAAAAUAAAUGUAUUGACUAUUAUUAAUGAGUAGUUUCCUUGAAUUUGCCUUUAUUGACAUUUCCAGGAAAAGAAAAUUUUCAGUAGAAUCAUGAGAAGAAUUUUAUACCCUUUUUUCUAUUUACUUAUAAAGGUAUAAACAUGUUCUUUCAGAUCAUGCUGAGACACAUGUAUAAUAUAUAAGUUAUGAUAUAUAUAUGUUUACUCAA